UUGAACUAGAUUUGGUUUUAUUAUUUAAUUAUUCAAAUCCAAGAUUUAAAAGCUCAUCAUCUCCUGUCAUCUCUCUCUAGGCUCCUCCAAAUAUUCUUACACCAGAGGAUUGCCCAAAACACACUGUCUCUCUUUCUCUUUCUCUCUCUCUCUCCUCUUUCUAUUAAUUUAUACUAUUCCCAUCAAUCCCAGCUACAAAUUCCAUUUCUUUUCAUUUAUAUACACAAAGGAGUGGAGGAAUAACCAAGAAAUAUGUAAAGUUUUUUUUAGUUAAAAUAUAAUAACAAUACCUUGCCUUUGGGGAAGAAACCCACAUCCUCCGUUCUCAAUUAUAUGCAUAUUCAUUCUUAGAUCUUACCCACCUUCAAAUCAGACCUCCAUUAAUGAUUGAUGUUUGAGGGAUCCGAUUUUCUUGAUUUUAGUUCGUGAAUACUCGGACUGUUUUCCGAUCACUCUUUGGUAGCCGAUUCUGCCUAAUUUUGUCCGGAUAAGUUGAAUUGGGUUAGCAACUCAGCACCCCGAUUAGUUUUUAGUUGAGGGUUAUAUCCAAUUUCAUGGCAAUUCAACAUGGGGUUAUAGUAAAGAUGGAAUCGGAUUUCGGUAAACUAUUCAUUGGUGGGAUUUCAUGGGACACCGAUGAGGCUCGAUUGAAAGAGUAUUUUAGUGGUUAUGGUGAAGUUAUCGAAGCCGUGAUCAUGAGAGAUCGUAUCACUGGUCGUGCUCGUGGAUUCGGUUUCAUCGUCUUCGCUGAUCCCGCUGUUGCAGAGAGAGUCGUGAUGGAGAAACAUAUGAUUGAUGGUCGAACCGUCGAAGCCAAAAAAGCCGUUCCUAGAGAAGACCACCAUGGAUUGAACUUGAACAGAAACAACAACAACAGCAUUCAAGGAUCACCAGGUCCGGGAGGUCGUACGAAGAAGAUAUUCGUAGGAGGAUUAGCGUCAACAGUCACCGAGAGUGAUUUCAAGAAAUACUUCGAUCAAUUUGGUACGAUUACAGAUGUGGUGGUGAUGUAUGAUCACAACACUCAAAGGCCAAGAGGUUUUGGUUUCAUCACAUUUGAUUCAGAGGAAUCAGUGGAUCGUGUUUUGCAUAAAACCUUCCACGAACUCAAUGGCAAAAUGGUUGAAGUCAAACGGGCAGUUCCAAAAGAGUUAUCCCCGGGCCCCAGUCGAAGCCCGUUGGUUGGAGUUGGAUUCAACUACGGGUUGACCCGACCCAACACGUUCCUCACCAGCACCUACCCGCAAGGUUACAACAUGAGUUCAAUUUAUGGAGGUCGAACGGAUAGCCGGUUCAGCCCGAUUGCGCAAUCGGGCCGAAACGGGUUUUCACCGUUUGGGUCGUCCGGCUACGGGAUGGGUAUGAACCUGGACCCAGGUUUGAGCCCGAAUGCAUUUGGAACGACCUCUAACAACAUGGGUUACGGGCGGGUUUUGAGCCCGUACUCGAAUCGGUUCGUUACCCCGAUCGGUUACAACCAAAGUAAUGUUAAUGUUAGAAACGAGUCGUUUAUCGGGUCAACAACUCGAAAUGUUUGGGGAAAUGGUGGUGGGCUGACGAGCCCGGGUGGGUCCGGUCCGUAUUUGGGUUCGGGAACCAACGGUGGGUUUGGAGUAUUUGGAAACGGGUCGAACUGGGGUUCGAACCCGAUAUCUACUCAAGGUGGUGGAGUGAGCUCGUCUGGCUACAAUGGUGGAAGUAUAGGCGAAAACAACUAUGGAAUUGGAGGUGGAGGUGGUGGUGGACUUGGAAGAAACAAUGGGGUAACCCAUGAAGGGUCUUAUGGUAAUUUAUACCGUCGGGGUUCAAUGUAUGGUGAAACCACUUGGCAGCAGCAGCCUUCUAAUGAGCUGGAGGGUUCGGGUCCUGGUCCGGCAUUGCAAAUAGACAAACUAAUAGGGGGAUUGCUGCAUAGAAGUUUUUCAAGAUUUGCAUACAAGAAAGAAGGUUUCCAGUUCAGCAUGUGUUCUUGGACAACCCCAACCCAACCCAACCCCCCCCAGCUACUCUUGUCGGCUUCACAGAUUCGACGGAGGAGGGUGGAGGAGGUUGGGAAAGGUGAGGCAACUCCGAUGGUCGGCAGCCUCUUCUUGGUCGAUGGUGAAGGAUAA